GCCCGCCCCCUUCCCCGCCCCGCUCCGCCUCGCUGUGGUCGGCGGCGGCCAGGCAGGAAGAGGCGGCGGCGGCGACAAGGCCCGGCUGAGGCGAGGAAGCGGAGCCAGCCAGCGAGCGAGCGAGGCAUCUGUUGCUUGCUGUUCCAGACGAUUAACUCCCAUGACCAGUAAGGCAGCACAACGGGACCACCCACGAACAAGGGUUGGGUUUCUGCAUACCCAGGUUCAUGUCUUUUAGAUUAAAGUGUUCGACUAACGGCGUCAUGAGCAGAAGCAAACGUGAAAACAACUUCUAUAGUGUAGAGAUUGGAGAUUCUACUUUCACUGUACUCAAACGAUACCAGAAUUUAAAACCUAUAGGUUCGGGUGCGCAAGGCAUAGUAUGUGCAGCCUACGAUGCUAUCCUUGAAAGAAAUGUAGCAAUCAAGAAGCUAAGUCGGCCAUUUCAGAACCAAACCCAUGCCAAACGAGCCUACAGAGAGCUUGUCCUCAUGAAGUGCGUAAACCACAAAAACAUAAUUGGCCUGUUGAAUGUCUUUACCCCACAGAAAUCACUGGAAGAAUUUCAAGAUGUUUACAUAGUGAUGGAGCUCAUGGACGCAAAUCUCUGCCAAGUGAUUCAAAUGGAGCUCGACCAUGAACGAAUGUCCUAUCUCCUCUAUCAAAUGCUGUGCGGCAUUAAACAUCUUCACUCAGCUGGAAUUAUACAUAGGGAUUUGAAACCUAGCAAUAUAGUAGUAAAAUCUGACUGCACGCUGAAGAUUCUUGACUUUGGAUUAGCUAGAACAGCAGGAACCAGCUUUAUGAUGACACCUUAUGUUGUGACUCGUUACUACAGAGCACCAGAAGUCAUCCUAGGGAUGGGAUACAAAGAAAAUGUUGACAUUUGGUCAGUGGGGUGCAUCAUGGGAGAAAUGAUCAAAGGUGGUGUAUUAUUUCCUGGUACAGACCAUAUUGAUCAAUGGAAUAAAGUUAUUGAACAGCUAGGAACGCCGUGCUCAGAAUUCAUGAAGAAGCUGCAGCCAACAGUGAGGACAUACGUGGAGAAUAGACCUAAAUAUGCUGGUUAUAGCUUUGAAAAGCUCUUCCCAGAUGUCCUGUUUCCAUUUGAUUCUGAACAUAACAAACUGAAAGCCAGUCAGGCAAGAGAUUUGUUAUCCAAAAUGCUGGUGAUCGACGCAUCAAAAAGAAUCUCAGUAGAUGAAGCUCUACAGCACCCAUACAUCAAUGUCUGGUAUGACCCUUCAGAAGCAGAAGCACCUCCUCCAAAGAUACCAGACAAGCAGCUGGAUGAAAGAGAGCACACAAUAGAAGAAUGGAAAGAGUUGAUUUACAAGGAAGUUAUGGACCUGGAGGAGAGAACCAAGAAUGGAGUUAUAUGUGGACAACCGCCUCCUUUAGGUGCAGCAGUGAUCAAUGGUUCUCGGCAUCCCUCUUCAUCGUCAUCUGCCAAUGACGACUCUUCAAUGUCUACUGACCCAACAUUGGCCUCCGAUACAGACAGCAGCCUAGAAGCCUCCGCAGGCCCCCUGGGCUGCUGUAGAUGACUACUUGACGUACUGGGGGACAGGGGUUCUCUUAGUUACAAAAACUGGUGGUAUUAUUUGGGGGAGUGUUUUCAAAAGUAAUUGUGGGAUUCAUUUCAGAGUGCUAAUUUUAAUUUAAGUUGCGUUUUAAAAGUAAGCCACAAUACUUUCCUGUAAUAAAUUGUACAGUAUUAAUAAUUUUUAUCAUGAGUUUUUAAAUUCGCAUAUGUUUUACUACUGUGAUGUGGACCUCGUUUUUAAAAAUUACAUUAUUAAAUGUAACAUUGCUGUCCCGUUUGUUACACGACAGCUUUAUUUAAGGUUUACUUGAGUUUCGGAAGCAUUUUAUUAGGGUAUCUUUGUGUGUUGCACACCCUUUUUCAGUCCAUAAGCUAAAUGUUUUAUUUUUAGCCAUUUGAGUGGUUAAACUAUCUAAUUAUAGGCUAAGGUAUAGCCAUGGAGAUAGCAGUCCUGAACAGAGACAUCUCCUGCGGUAUAUAGGGAACAUUAUAUAAGCUCUGACAAUGUCACAUUUUCUUGUGCCCAAAGGAAUCACUCAAAACAAGAUGAAGAAGCAGGAUAGAGCACGCCGCCUUUGCCAUGCAAAUUUAACCUGCCCCAUAGUUAAAUAGAUUAACAAUGCAAAUUCAUGUUUCCCACACUGAAUAUGGUUCUGUGGUGCUCAUUUCUCUACCUUCCUUGCAUAUUCAGGCUAGUGCAUCUCUUAGUUUAUAAAGCGCUCUUUCCCCCAAAUUUAGCACUAUCUCCUUACACAGCAUCCCGUCGCUUCAGGAUCUGCAGCGAAUGCAUUGAAUAAGAUGAUGCUGCAGGAACGUCCAUUGUGCUGCACUGACAGCGUUCCUCUUUUGCCUCACCGUGUCAUUGGAGCGGCAUAGAAAACCUCCCCAAACUGACAGUGGGUCAUUCUGAAGCCAUGAGAAUCGGGUAGCAUUUCAGCACAGAGAUCCCAACUUUGGGCGUGCUCCCUUAAAAAAAACAACAACCAACAACCAACCAUCAACAACGAACUAUGUAGAAAUGUUAAAUAUAAUGUAAAAUGGUCUGCUCUUCACUGAAGUAUGUUAACUGUUUACAGUGUACAUUAUUGAAUGAUAUUUUUUGUGCAACCGAUUAAGUUUUGUGUGAGUAAAACAAUCAUUGGGAAUUUGUCCUUAGGAAAUGCAAUGUUUGUGAAUUUAGGCUGUGCUGACUGCCUUGCGUAGAUAGAAGUAUUUUGUGUAGUGGAUUUAAAUGUGAACAAAACUGUACAUCAGUGCUGCCUACAGAAGCAAAUAUUAAACGAUAGCACAAGUAUCUUGUUGGACACGACCAUGAAGGCUGAGAGAAUUGAAUCUUGCCUGAAACUGUUUGGUUCUAGCCAUCCAGUUCUUUGGAAGCGAAAGUCUGUUUCUUUGCUUGCUUGCUUGUUUUUAAAGAGAGGCUACUUCUUUUCAAA